UUAGUAAAGCCCAGUCAAAGUAAAUUUUAAACGCAUUUUUAUCAAACAAAUUUAAUACGACACUGAGAAGUAAAGAAAAAUAAAUAGAUAAAUUGAUAAGUAAAAACAAUUAGUCCCGCGACCUCUAAUGGCACCAACGCGUGAGGGUGAGGUCAAGAUGGGGCACCGCGUCCGCUGUUUCUUUGACAUUGAGAUUGAUGGCAUCCCGUCUGGUCGUGUCAUCUUUGAGUUAUUCAGCGAUGUUUGCCCCAAGACGUGUGAGAACUUCAGGGCUUUGUGCACGGGGGAGAUGGGAAAUGGAGCCACUACUGAGAAGCCUCUGCACUACCGAGGGGUCAAGUUUCAUAGAGUGAUCAAGGACUUCAUGAUUCAGGCUGGAGAUUUCUCAGCAGGCAAUGGCACAGGCGGGGAGUCCAUCUAUGGGGGCCAGUUUGAAGAUGAAAGCUUUGACCUUCACCAUGAGGAACCUUUCUUGCUGUCCAUGGCCAACAAGGGAAAGAACACCAAUGGCUCUCAGUUCUUCAUAACAACCCAGCCAGCGACGCACCUUGAUGGGAAGCACGUGGUGUUUGGGCGUGUGGUCAGCGGCCAGGAGGUAGUGGUGGCCAUUGAGAACCUGCCCGUCGAUAACCGCAGCCGCCCCCUGCAACCGGCAGUGAUUUCCGACUGUGGAGAGUUGGUGCUGCAGAGAACCAAGACCAAAGAGAAGAAGCGCAAAAAGAAGAAGGAAGCUGCAUCAUCAUCAGAGUCAGAUUCUGAUGUGGAUAAGAAAAAGAAAAGGAAGAAGAAGAAGAAAGAAAAGAAGCAGAAACACAAGAAAAAUGAGAGCUCUGGUGAGGAAGGGGAGGUGAAAGACGAUGGCUCGGAGGCAGGUGGGGACACGGCCAAGAUGAGAAGCCACCCGCUGGUUUCUGUAUCAAUCAUUAACCCAGAUGAGAUACCAGACGUACCAAAAAACCGGUUCCUGUACCGUGCUGGACCAGAGAACAAUGAUGAGGAGGGCCGAGCUGACAGAGGCAGGGAUCGGCCGCGCUCUACAGUGCGAGCUUACACCAAAAGCGGACGCAAGGUCAAGGGCAGAGGUUCCCUGCGGUACCGCACUCCAUCCCGGUCCCGCAGCCGGUCACGCAGCCGCACCCCACCACACUGGAGGCAGGCCCAGAGACGCACCAUCUCAUAUGACCAACUUCAGAAAAUGAAUGAGGAAAAGCUGAGACGCGAGCAGGAGCGGCAGACGAGACAGCAGGAGAUGGAAGAGCGGCGGAAGAGACGAGAGCAGCGUCACCGGGAGAAUGAGGAGAACGGAGGGAAGCCCAGUGAAAACUCCAAGUACAGCAGCCACAGUGAGAGGGAGCAGGGCAUGAGGGGUGACUGGCGAGACUCCAGAAUGAGGAGAGAUUUCAGAGACGGAAGGGCUCCACAGGGCUGGCGGAAUGGACGGGAGAGACCGCGUGGAGGGGAGCACGAUUGGCGGGAGGCUCAGGAAAGGACGAGGGCUGAAGAGGAGUCCAGGGAAGGGAGAAAUGUGGACUGGAAGGCUGAUAGGGAAGAGGGAGCUUUUGCACACCAGGAUCUGAGGAAGAAGCUACAGAAUCAGAGGGAAAGGCCUGAGUCGGGUGCAAAUGACACGGGAAGGAAAAUGCAUAAACAAAACCACAACUCGGAGAAGAAUGACUUUAAGAAGGAACAAGAGGACACAAAAUCCAAGCAACAGGAUGUUCGCAAGAAAGAAAAACAUGACGACCUUGACGAAACAGCUCUUGAUUAUGAAGCCAUGGAUAAUGAGGAGGAGGAUGAAGAAGAAGACGAGGGCAAGAAAAGUGUGAAUGGGAAAGUAAGUGAAGCAAUCAAGACCAGCCACAAGACACCAGCAGAGCAAGAAGUCCAGGAAGAGGUGAAGGGAGCUGAGAACAUCCCAGCUGAUGAACAGGAAAGAGAGGUAGAAACUAAUAAGGAAAAUGCCACCACAACUGAUAAAGACCAUACCCCAGAACGCAAGAGUAGGGAGCACAGUGAUCGGCACAAAGACCGGAGCAGGGAAAGGCACAGGCAGUCGAGGGACAAACCCACACGUUCUCAGGACUCACGUAGCAAUCGGUCCAGGGAAAGACGCAUGAACAGGUCAAGGGAGAGGAGAAACCGAUCACGGGACAGACGGGACCGGUCCAAGGAGAGGCGAGACCGAUCAAGAGACAGAGGAGGUAGGAGAGACAGGUCAAGAGAGCGGAGAGACAGAUCAAGGGACAGGCUUAGAGAGAAAUCCAGGGAAAGGUCAAGAAGCAGGGAGAGAACACGGAACAGGAGACGACACCGCUCAGACUCCAGCAAGAGCAGCAGUAGCAGUAGCAGCAGCAGCAGCAGUAGUAGAAGCAAUUAAGCGGACCACAGGUAUCUUAUAUUUAUUACUUAUGUAACCCUUUGACUGCUUGUGAUGCAUAACACUUUUUGUUUCAUUAGAGUUACUCCAAGACAGUUUCUAAAAGUGAAAGUUUAACAAUGGGUGUUGAAAGAUUUGAACUGUAUACUUCACCACUCACUUUCACAUCACUGGUGCCUUUCAAAAUUAUAUCUUAAUUUAUAACAGAACAUUUUAUUUAGUACUGUAAUUAAUCUGAGUAACAAAACAUUUUACUCAGUUUUUCCUGAUGUCAUUGGCACCUUCAUAGUUAUAUGUAAACUCCCACCAUACCUUAUUACUAAUUUUGAGAAGUCACACAGCAGUCAAUAGGUUAAAAGUACUGACCCUUGUGAUGGUAAAAUGUAAUCUUAGUUUCAACACCAUCAGUACAAUAAUCUGCCAUUAUUCUGUUAUUAACUAUGAUCUAGAGUAAGAUUUUGAUGAGUUGGUUAAGACUUCCCCCAAAGACCUAGAAAAUGUUCUUAGUUGUAGCAUUCUUAUUAAUGUCAUAGGUUUUCCUUCACUGCUCAUUGUCUACCUUAUGAAUUUGAUUAAGAAUUGAUUCCUACAAUGUACCAGUGUUGUGUGUCUUCCUCCUGCCUGAUGGAUCCAUCUCUAGCUUCCUCCUCCCCAUGUACAGUGCAUACUCAUCUCUCAGACAUCAGAUUCACCAGACUUUGUGACAUCACUUCAUGGAGCAGCUGUACAUGCAUCUAACUUGCCUUCACAGCUGUCAGUUUUACUGGGUGAUUCUGAAUCCUGCAUUACUUCAGCUCCAUCAGUACUUGACUUUAACAUUGAACCAGAAGAGGAUUGUACACUGGUCAUGAUUACUUAAUUGCUUGUGAGUGGAGUAGCUUUGAAGCAAGGCAAUGGAGCUUUCUUGAAUAAAUCUCUGACCAUGC